UCAUGAUCCACCUGCCUCGGCCUCCCAAAGUGCUAGGAUUACAGGUAUGAGCCACCGCACCUGGCCUGCAGGUGGUGUUCUGACCUCGGCUCCACUGUGGCAGGCCGACUUGAGAUGCCAAGUAGCUUGGGCCUGAGGGUGGGUAACAGGAAGCAUCUCUCUCCUCAUCCCCUUCCUCCUACUAAGAUACCCCAUGUCUCCUACCUUCCUCUGAGCUGCCGACAGAUGCGUUAAUUCCCUUCCAUAAUCCUCCCAGGACCUAGAGGGUUUCACAUCGGUGUUGGGAGGGGCCCAGAUAGUUCUCCCCAGGACUUCUUCCACCUUUGGAAUGCCCAUCACCUGGGGAAGGGAGGUGCCGCAUAUCCCCCAGACCAACCCUGCAUCCCAUUCUAUCCAGAUUGAGGCCUAGAGAGAGGCAGGCGUUCUUCAGAGUCACAGGGAAUGGCGGCGCCAGGACUGGGACUCAGCCCAGCUGCUUGGCCUGACCCUCUCAGAGCAUAGCUUCCCGGCACCUGGCUGCACCUAGAAGCUGCCCAGUGCCCUGGCGUCUCCAUGGCCUGCCUGAGCCCCUCACAGCUCCAGAAGUUCCAACAGGAUGGAUUCCUGGUGCUGGAAGGAUUCUUGUCUGCAGAAGAGUGUGUGGCCAUGCAACAGAGGAUUGGCGAGAUAGUGGCUGAAAUGGAUGUUCCUCUCCACUGCCGAACAGAAUUCUCCACCCAGGAAGAGGAGCAGCUUCGAGCCCAGGGCAGCACAGACUAUUUCUUGAGCAGUGGUGACAAGAUUCGAUUCUUCUUUGAGAAAGGCGUUUUUGACGAGAAAGGAAAUUUCCUGGUCCCUCCGGAGAAAUCCGUCAACAAAAUUGGCCACGCUCUGCACGCCCACGACCCUGUCUUCAAGAGCAUCACGCACUCCCCCAAGGUGCAGACCUUGGCCAGAAGUCUGGGCCUCCAGAUGCCCGUGGUGGUGCAGAGCAUGUACAUCUUUAAGUCUCCCCUCAUCAGGACGCCUCCUUCCUGUACACGGAGCCCCUGGGCCGGGUGCUGGGCGUGUGGAUCGCAGUGGAGGACGCCACGCUGGAGAACGGCUGUCUCUGGUUCAUCCCUGGCUCCCACACCAGUGGCGUGUCAAGAAGGAUGGUCCGGGCCCCUGUUGGCUCAGUGCCUGGCACCAGCUUCCUCGGGUCAGAGCCAGCCCGGGAUAACAGCCUCUUUGUGCCCACCCCAGUGCAGAGAGGGGCCCUGGUCCUCAUCCAUGGAGAAGUGGUGCACAAGAGCAAGCAGAACCUCUCUGAUCACUCGCGCCAGGCCUACACUUUCCACCUCAUGGAGGCCUCUGGUACCACCUGGAGCCCAGAGAACUGGCUCCAGCCAACAGCUGAACUGCCCUUUCCCCCACUGUACACCUAAAGGCUUUCACAGGGCAGGAGCCCUGGCCCCUCCCGGGUGAAGCUGUGGGCUGCAAACACCAGUGUCUUGCUCAGCCUCUUGGUUGCAACAGGGAGGUCUUGUCUCCCCUCCUGGGCUUUCCUCCCGCCCUGUGGGCAGCAGCCUGGGCUGGGUCAGGAGCUUCCCUAAGAUCUUCAUCUGUCUGCCUCCCUACUGCCCCACCAUAGCCUUGAGGAGGCUUCUCAGCCAUCAAAGGGUUCUGGCCCCUUCUCACUUUCCUCUCCUCUCAGAUGGAACUCUGGUUAUUAUGGUGUUAGUUAUUGAAUAAAAAUGACUUCAGAAUGCA